CUUACGUGUCUAGUCAACUUCCUUGUUUCCCAAGCACCUGAAGUCGAAUGCAAUUUGGCCUUUUCUUUCAUGCCUUUUGGAUCCAGGUUAACAUGAAAUCAAGAUUUGGUUGCAGACAUAUAAAUUGCAGUCCGAUCUCACCACUCACCUAAUACGAGGCAAAAGAGAGAGUUAAAACACUCCGAAGAUAAAAUCAAGAACUCUGCAGGUACCAAGAAUCAGAGGAUUCAGUCAGCUUGAUAGAAAGAGAUGGCAGAUUUGUUCUUGAAUCAGGCUAAGCAGUACUCCUCCAGCAGGCCAAGAUACCCAGAUCAACUUUUUGAAUUCAUUGCAUCCAAAACCCCUUCCCAUGACCUUGUGUGGGAUGUGGGCACUGGCAGUGGCCAGGCUGCUGCUGCUCUGGCAAAGAUCUACAAGAAUGUAAUUGCCACAGACACAAGCCCAAAGCAGCUGGAAUUUGCACCAAAGGUUCCGAAUAUUCGAUACCAAUGUACUUCCCCAAAGUUGUCCAUUGCAGAGCUUGAAGAAAACAUUGCAGCAGAGUCCACUGUCGAUUUAGUCACCAUUGCUCAGGCUUUGCAUUGGUUUGAUUUUCCUACCUUCUACCAACAAGUGAAGUGGGCACUGAAAAAACCCAAUGGAGUAAUUGCUGCAUGGUGCUACACUGUGCCAGAAAUUAACCCCAGUUUUGAUGCUGUCUUCCAAAGAUUCUACAAAGUUGAUUCUGAUCCUUACUGGGAACCAGAGCGUAAAUUGGUGGAUAAUAAAUAUGAAACCAUCGAUUUCCCAUUUGAGCCUGUGGAUGGCGUUGAUCAUACCGGACCAUUCCAAUACAAAGCAGAGAGAGUGAUGGAUUUGGAAGGCUUCUUCACAUACAUAAGAUCAUGGUCUUCCUACCAAACUGCUAAAGAGAAGGGUGUGGAACUCUUGAAUGAAAAUGUGGUUAAGGAUUUUACCUCUGCUUGGAAUGAAGAUGGUAUAUCUAAAAAAGUUGUUAUUUCCCCUAUUCAUCUGAGGAUUGGGAAAGUUGGGAAUUUGCAUUGAAAUCUCUGCCUGUUCCAGUCAGCAAGCCCCUUAUGGCAAUCAUUUUCCACUGGUUAGUUUAUUAUUCUUGGAUAUAGGCCAUGGACCAUGGUUGAUGGCUCAAAGAUAAAUAAAUUUGCGUAUUUCAGCAUUGAAUCUCCUGUCACUUGAAACUGUUAUCUAAUUGUUACUAUUAGGUGAUGGCUAACAUCGGA